AUGAUGAAUUCUGGUAAUUUGGAUUUGGCGAUUUCCUCUCUGUGUUCAUUGGACCCUAAGGAUCCGGCAGGGAAAUAUGGAAGGCCGGAACCUAAUAAUAGGAACAAUUUUACUUGCAACUUUUGUGGUAAAGUAACUAAGGGAGGGGCUUACCGUUUAAAGCAACAUUUGGUCGGAGGAUUUAGAAAUGUGACUAAAUACUUUAGUUUUCCGGAGCAUGUAGAGGAGGAAGUGAAGUCUUUUAUGAUAAAGAAGCAACUAGCAAAGAGUGGUGGUCAAAUAUUACCAAGGGUAACUCAAUAUGAUGUUGAUGAUUAUAGUGAUGAGGAAGAAGAUUGUGAAACAUUGAACUCGAAGGGAGGUGGCUCGGGUAAACUGGCUAAAAGACCAAGAAAAAUGGGUCAGGUGGACAUGUACUUCACUCCUAGUCGUGAAGACGCAAUCAAGCGUAGAAAGAAUGGGAAUGAAGGGAUGCAACGAGGUAAUUGUGAUGAGGAGUCUAGGGAUAAAGUAUGUAGAGAUAUAGCUAGGUGGUUUUAUGAUGCGGGAAUACCAUUUAGUGCUGCUAAUUAUGAAAGUUUUGGAGAGAUGAUUGAAUCAGUUGGACAAUAUGGUCCUGGCUUGAAACCAUCAAGCGUGCAUGAGCUAGAAGCUCCCCUCCUUCAGAAGGAAGUAGAUGACAUUCUUAAGCAAAUGAAGGAGCAUAAAAAAGAGUGGGCUCAAAAAGGUUGUUCAAUUGUAGUUGAUGGAUGGCAUGAUUCAGUUGCUGAAAAGGAUUUUGUGAACUUUCUAGUCAACUCUUUGAAGGGCUCCGUGUUCACAAAAUCAAUAGAUGUGUCUGAAAUUGUGGAAGAUGUUAACUCGCUAUUUCAAAUGUUGGAUAACAUGGUGGAGGAAGUUGGAGAGAAGAAUGUGGUUCAAGUGGUGACCAGUUAUACACCUACUUAUGUUAAAGCAGGAAGAUUACUAGAGGCCAAUAGGCCAUGUCUUUAUUGGACUCCAUGCGCGACACAUUGUAUUGAUCUCAUGCUGGAGGAUAUUGGAAAAAUUACAAAAGUUAAGGAUGCCUUGAAGAAGUGCAAUUUCAUCAAUGACUAUAAAUAG